AAUGAACAAACAUGGGAGACUGGAAUCUCCUUGGAGGUAUUCUGGAGGAAGUCCACAUUUACUCCACCAUGAUUGGAAAGAUCUGGCUCACCAUCCUGUUCAUAUUUCGAAUGCUUAUUCUGGGCGUAGCAGCUGAAGAUGUCUGGAGUGAUGAGCAGUCUGGCUUCAUCUGCAAUACAGAACAACCAGGUUGCAGAAAUGUGUGUUAUGACCAGGCCUUUCCUAUUUCCCUCAUUAGAUUCUGGGUUCUGCAGGUAAUAUUUGUAUCUUCACCAUCACUGGUCUACAUGGGCCAUGCUGUGUACCAAUUGAGAGUUCUAGAGAAAGAGAGGCAGAGGAUAAAAGCUCAAUUAAAAAAAGAACUGGAUGGAGUAGAGUUUGAAACGUCUGUGGAUCACAGGAGAUUGGAGCAAGGACUUUGUCAGCUGGAGUGGGGAAGGAAACCAAAUAAAGCUCCACUCAGAGGAACCCUGCUUUGCACUUAUGUGAUACACAUUUUCACUCGAUCUGUGUUUGAAGUUGGGUUCAUGGUUGGACAGUACCUCCUAUAUGGAUUCCACUUAGAUUCUCUGUUUAAAUGCCAUGGCCACCCAUGUCCAAAUGUAAUCGAUUGUUUUAUCUCAAGACCCACUGAAAAGACAAUAUUCCUAUUAUUUAUGCAGUGCAUAGCCACUGUUUCACUUUUCUUAAACUUUCUAGAAAUUUUCCACCUAGGUUUUAAGAAGAUUAAAAGAGGGCUUUGGGGGCAAUAUAAACUGAAGGACAAGCAUAAUGACUUCUAUGUAAACAACUCAAACCGAAGUCUAGCCAAGUAUCAGAGAACAUCUGUAAAUUCGCUGAAGAGACUCCCUUCUGCACCUGAUUAUAAUGUGCACAUGGAAAAGCAAACACACACAGCAGCAUGUCACAGUUUAAAUUCACCUUCUGCAUUUCAGGCAGCUCCUGACAAUCUCAAUGUAAAUGAUGAAAAAUGCAUUUUGGAUGAAGAGGAGUCUAAUGGGACGUGCACACUUAGCACUACCUGUAGUCACCUCCAACACAUCGGCUUCAACAACAAAGGCACUCAUAAAAUAUUUGGAAAAGAAGUCAAUGGUAAGCACUUAAGGGAAAAAGGAGAAAUUGAUAGUAAAGACAGCAAAAGAAAACACUGCACCAGGAGUCAGUGUGCUAUUCCAGGUCCUGGGAUAGACACAGACAACCACGUUGGGCAAUCACCCCACACAGUUUUCUCCCUGCCAGCUACCUGCACCUGGAAACCUCAAUGGCUUAGUGCUACUUGGGGUCCCUCUACAAAAAGUGACAGCCAGGGGUCACCUCCUAAAGGUAACCUCAAGGUUCAAGGGGUUAUGAUCAGAACACUCCCUCCUUCACAGGGAGACUCCCAACUACUUGACACUCCUGAUUCUUUGAGAGAGUUGUCCUUUGGGUCAAAGCUUGCUAGGACCUGCCACAAUCCCACUGUUGGUCCCUCCAAUGAUUUAGUGACCCUGACGAACAACUUCAUUGGUAGGCGGGUGCCCACAGACCUUCAGAUCUGAACAGUUGGUGGCUUUUGGACAUUCUACAUAUUACAUCAUCAGAGAACUAGCAUAGUGGUGGUGGAAAAUGGAGGAAGUAGAUAAGGGCAGUUCUAAAGACCAGCUGUGAAGACAGACAAUGCAAAUUCAUUUCAGAAAAGGAAAAAAUUUCUUAUUUUGAACUAUGAAAGGAUAAUUCUAAACUCAAAGACAUAAGCUAACCAA